ACAUUUUUGCUGUAUGAGGUCAUUCUGAAGCCGUAUAGAGUCAUGAUCAACACCAAUGUCACUGUCUUUACUGAAUUCUACCUGCUGGGAUUUCCAGGACUCCAUCCACAGUAUUAUGGAGCUGUGGGAACCCUUUUGUUCUUUGUCUACUUGACACUGACAGGAGGAAAUAUCUUUAUUAUUUCUUUUAUUUCUUGUGAGAGAAGCCUUCAGAAACCCACCUAUUUAAUCUUCUGUAAUCUUGCUGUGUGUGAUCUUGCUUUUGGAACUGUCACGCUGCCUAAAGCCAUUGCAAAAUACUUUUUUAAUAGCAGUGAGAUAUCAUUUUAUAGCUGCUUGGUGCAGAUGUUUUUUGUUCACUAUUUAGGGAGUAUUGCCUCUUUCCUAAUGCUAUUAAUGGCAAUUGAUCGGUUUGUUGCAGUGUGUAACCCACUGAGAUACUGUGUCCUCAUUACAAACAAAACUAUUGUUAUGGCAUGUGCUGUGAUUUGGGCAAUCUGUAUAUCGUGGAUGUCAAUCAUUGUUUUUAAUGCCUUCAAUGAACCCUACUGCUCUUCUAAUGUAAUAACCCAAAAUUACUGUGACCAAAAUUCAAUUAUUAAUCUGUCUUGUGGAGAUGUAAGGCAGAAAAAGUUUGUUUCAUUUUCAUGUGCUAUGUUUGUUCUUUUGGGCCCUUUAAUUUUCAUUAUAUUUUCUUUUAUGGCCAUCAUCACAUGUGUUUUCAAAAUCUCAGACAUUCAGGCCCGAUAUAAAACAUUCUCAACUUGCACUCCUCAGCUUCUUAUCAUUUGCCUGUACUAUGUGCCCAGAUGUGUUGUUUAUGUGCAUGAUGUGAUAAAUGUGAGCAUCUCACCUGGCAUCCGGGUUAUGUUAAUAAUGUGGUACAGUCUGCUCCCACCUGUUGUCAAUCCCAUGAUAUACUGCUUCAGAACCAAGGAUAUCAAAGAUGCAUUAAAGAAAAAAAUUAGAGAUAUGAAAGUGAGCAUAUGA